UCACCUUUAAUCCCGGCCAUUGUUUCUAUAUAUAUAUAUUUUUUUUUUUUUUUUAAUCGUCGGGAUGUGAGAGACUCCUCUGUAUAUGUCGCGCACCGUCAACACAAGAUAACGAAAGAAGCAGUGUUCGAGUUGAUCCACAUCGCAUGUUCAUAAUGCACUUCCGGUAUAUCAGAAUUUGUAGAUCUGCGCUACUGUUUAUCCAAGUGCGCAUGCGCUAGACGGUUAUUUCCUUUGGUUUGUAAAAGUUUUUAUCUAGUGUAAAAUGUUUUAUCUAGUGACAGUAUGUUCACCUAAUCAUUCUGUUGCAUUUAGUUGUUUUGUUUACAUAAAGCAAAACUAGCUAACUGUAAUUUAGAAAAAUAUUAUAAAUGGAAAAAUAUUACGAAUUAAAAAAAUCUUUAGUACCCUGCUUCUGCGAUGUAUUAUACUUCCGGUCGCAGAGGGAUUUGUUUACUAAAAUGGACGCUAUGAGAGCUUACACACUGGACUGUUUCCCUGAAAAUAUUUUAAUUGAUAUUUUAUCCUAUUUAAAUGUACAAGAACUCAUUCGCAAUGGAAGAGUGUGUAAGCGUUGGAGAGCUUUAAUAAAAGACCAGAGACUCUGGAGAACUGUGGACCUUUCCACAUGGAAACGGGUGACCUCGCGGGUGCUCUGGACGUUAUUGCGGCAGUAUCUGGGACGCGGUGUAUGUUCUCUACACCUGCGUGGAUUGCUGCAGAGUGCACGUGGAGGGUCAUUCCUCUCAGAGCCAUGGCUGCAGACCUUGAGCUCAAAAUGCCCUCGACUCCGCAGACUCACUCUUACUCACACGGACCUGCGUGGCCUGCACAGCUGCUCCUUAUUACCUCCUAGCUUACAGGUGCUAGAACUGCGCAGCUGCGAACUUUCACCCGGCUUUUUUACCCAGAAUCCCUUGAAGCUGGUGCAAACUGUCCAGAAAGGCUCAGGGAAAGAAUCUCAGACCACUUCUUCUUCCUGUAGUUGUGUUAUCAGAGCACUAAUUCUGGACAACGUGCCAUCAUUCACGGACCAGCACCUAAAGAGUCUGAGCUCGUGGGAGCACCUGCAGCGUCUGGAGCUGCGCGAUGUGCUACGUGUGACGGUGGCAGGACUGAAGGGCUGCACUCCACCUGGACCACAUGCACUGAAACACCUCACACACCUGGAGCUGGAGGGGUUCAGCCGGCACCAGAUGGCAGCGCUGGGCCUGGCUGAGGGUUGGGCAGGGCUGGAACAUCUAACUCUUGGCGGGCGAGAGGUUGCGCCCGGUCUGCUCUGCCUCAACCGCCUGGUUGGGCUGCGCUGCCUGCGCCUGCGUGGCUGCAGACUUACAGAGACAUUGGUACUGCGCAGCUGCGGCACACUGAAGGAGCUGCGCAUGCUAGAGUUCCUGCAGGUGGAGUUUGCAAUAGAGGCAGAGAGAAAAGACAGCGAUGAAAGGAGUGAAAAUGACCCGAUGCCUGGACUCAGACAAGCACUGUCCAACCUGCUGCCCAAGUGCAGUGUGCUGUUCACGCAGUGUACCAUUAUAGUUGGUGCAGACUGACACAUAGGGUUGGGUGAUAUGGUAAUUAUUACAAUUAUUGUAACCAGUGCAGUGGAUUUAAAUUGAUCAGACAAAGCCUAUUAAUAAACAACUAUACACUAUAAAAUCUGCCUAGCAACAAGUAGCCAAUUGGAUGCUAGAUGUAUUUAGACCAAUCACAGAAAGCCUACUAACAACCAGUGCCAUACAGUCAAAUCUGCCUAGCAACAAUUAGCCAAUUGGAUGCUAGCAA